AUGACUUCAUUAAUAAUUACUUGUUUGCUAUUAGUAAUUGUCAAUUUAACAAAAUCAGAUUUAUCUCAAAAUAAUGAACAAAAUAUAUUUGCACGUUUUUAUUCUAAUUUUGUUCAAUUAUAUCGACCAGUAUUAUCAAAAUCAUAUUCAUCAGAAUUAAAUUAUGAACAAUCAAUUGAACAUUAUCGAUUUGUAUUUAAUGAAAAAGAAUAUUCAAAAAUAUCUGAAGAAUCUAUAAUAAUGUUAAAUACAAAUAUUAUUGAACGAACAAUUAUUUAUCAUCCAACACCAAAUUUUGAAAUCAUUGGCACACGAUAUUUUUAUCAUCGUAAUCCAAAAGAAAAUGAUAGUAUUGAAAUUGAACUUAUUAAUCCAAUAGAUUAUAUCUUUCGUAAUGUUCAAAAACCAGAUCAUUAUUUCUAUUUAUCAUCAUUUGAUAGUCUUGAAUAUUUAACAGAAGUACCUAUUAUGCCAUAUUAUGAAGUUAUAUUCAAUUGUACAUCAUUAUUUUCAAUAGAUAAACAAAUUCGACCACCACUUUUAUCAUAUAUUAACAAAAAUAUUCAAUGGACACCUCGAUAUGUACUCGAUUUAUCAUUAUUUAAUACUGAUAAACAACCAACAAUGCACGCCUAUGCUGAUAUUCGUAAUCAUGGUGAACAAUCUAUUGUUAUAAAAGAAGCUGAAUUUAUUGCUGGAGAUAUAAAUUUAUAUCAAAGACCAAUGGAAUAUUUACGUGCGGAUUCAUCGUAUGCAAAAAGAAUGUAUAUUCCUGAAUCAUCGGGUGGAACUGACAAUAGUUUUAUUCAUACAUUAGAUGAACAAGCUAGUGGUACACAUAUAUAUGAAUUAUCAUUACCAUCAUCGAUUACAUUAAUACCACGUUCAAUAAAAUCAAUAAAAUUCUUUGAAACAAAUGUUACAAUUGAACGAUUUCUUUAUUAUUCAUCUGUAUUUUCAACUGUAAAUUCUCAUGGUAAAUUAUUAAAUUCAUUUAAUUUAACAUCACAUAAUAAUUUUAUUCCUAAUGGUUUUUUAACAUUACACGAACAAGGAAGAUUUAUUGGUCAAAUAUAUUUACCAGAUAUAACUCAAGGUGAAACAUAUACAAUGAAAUUUGGUUAUGAUGCUGAUGUUAUAUAUCGUCGACAAGUUAAAAUACUUGAAGAUAAUAAAAAAAGUAAAUUUAUAACAUAUAAUGUUGAAUAUAUAUUCGAAAAUUAUAAAUUAUCUCAUGAUAUUCAUUUAUAUUUUAUUGAAUCAUUUACAUCAUUAAAAUAUUUUCAAAUAAAAAAUAUUUCGAUAUCAAAUGAUAAUAAAAAUUUACCAGAUCUUAUAUCCUAUGGUACUGAUUUACGAGGAUAUAUGAUUAUUCCAUGUCAACGUAUUCCAAAAAUUAUUAGUUAUAAUUUAAUUACAUACAAAAUUAAAUCAAAAUUAUAUAUUCAUGAACAAUAA